CGGCCUUAGGGGGAGCACGUACCAUCUACAGAACCUUCGCGUGAUCCAGCCUAAAGAUGUGGUCGCGGCGCGCGGUGGCGUGCUUGGCGGCGCUGGCGGCGGUCUGCGCGCCGGCGCUCUCGCUGGACCUCAACAAGCUCUACGGACACCACACCAAGAGAUCCGAAUAUUGUCACCCGUACGAGCCGUUCAAGUGUCCGGUGGACGGCAAUUGCAUCUCUAUUCAGUACCUCUGCGACGGCGCCCCGGACUGCAUCGACGGGUACGACGAGGACUCCAAGCUGUGUACUGCAGCAAAACGUCCGCCGGUGGAAGAGACCGCGUCGUUCCUCCAGUCUUUACUGGCGUCGCACGGCCCCAACUACCUGGAGAAACUGUUCGGCAGCAAAGCCCGGGAUGCGCUGGAGCCCCUGGGUGGUGUGGAGAAGGUGGCUAUUGCCCUCUCUGAAUCGCAGACCAUCGAAGACUUCGGUGCGGCGCUCCACCUAAUGCGCUCCGAUCUGGAACACCUUCGCUCCGUCUUCAUGGCGGUGGAAAACGGAGACCUGGGGAUGCUGAAGUCCCUGGGCAUCAAGGACAGUGAGCUGGGAGACGUAAAGUUUUUCCUGGAGAAGCUGGUCAACACCGGCUUCCUCGAUUGAAUAGCACCGGAGUCGGCCUCUGACUACUACCAUGUCGUCCAAUUUGGUCCCAUAAGUUCUUCUUUCUACAGCUACUUGCCUUACGAUACCGUCAAGUAUAAGAGAUACUAGAUCUCUGUCCUGAGUGCGAGGUGUGUGCUUGGUCACUCGUUCCUUUUGAAUGGCGUCACUUCCGGCCACGUGGACCAUUCGAAAUUAACGACUGCAUUAACGAUUAUUCGACACCAACACUUAUUUUGAUAUAUUGCAAUGAAAUUAAUUUGUAUUAAUCGAUAGACACAAAAUUAUAUUAUUAUUCACGCAAUAUUGUUAAAAUAUUAUGUAGGUAAGUGAUUAUUAUCACACUCGCUUAAUAUGUAUCCCACUUCUGAUUCUUACUUUAGUGUCCGACAUUUUGUCCGAUGUCGCUAAUUUAAACUUGUAGGUUUAUUAAAUUUAUAUUGAAUGUAUUUUGGAUAUAACGUGGUUUUUGGAUGAACAUAAUAUUAACAUCCAUCGGAACCUCGAUUCUUCUAAUAUACUAUCAAUAUAAACGACAUUGUAGUAACAAUAGAUUAUAUAAUCAUAAUUUUAAUGAAAUUAGCAAUAUUUUUAUAAAUUUAUUUUAGGUCCAAUUUUUUAAUUGGAACAUACGAAUCGUGCACACGGUCCACUCGCGUCGAAGCCUAGCCCGGAGUAUUCUAGGGCUGGCCGUGUCUAUGGUUCGUUGUUUGGAUACGAUUGAGAGAGUAUGCUACCCUAUUCCAAUCCUUACUAUGUCAGAGGGGACUCCGAAACGUGUCCUAUAAUAAGCAAGAUAUAAAGCAGAGAAGUAGGUUAUAUACUAGUUAGACGAAGUAAGAAAAGAACGUACGCGCUUUAUAUCUGGCUUUUGGAAUUGUCCAAGUAUGGACCACGAGAUACAUAUCAUUAGAUGUAAUUUUUAAAUUAAUAAUUAGAAUCUAUUAUAAAUCUGUAGAUGAUAAAGUACAAUUAUUUUAAUAUCGGUAUUGUAGUGUUUACGAAAGAUUUUAGGUCCUUAUAUAAUGGAGUGAACAUAUCAAACGAGGUGCUCCACACGCAUACAUAUCAAAAUUAUGUGAUUUUAUUAGUGUUAUAAAUACACAAUAUAAAAAUUUGUAGCGAAAAUCUUUAAGAUAUAAAUAUAAAAUCUAUAUUGUAGUGCCAUUUUCUAGUCACCGUCGACAAAAACUAAACUAAAGAUCUAAGUUAUCGCUUCGAAGAUCCAGAUUAUAUUGUUUAAAAGUUUUAUAAGAGUGUUGACCUGUACUUUAGCGAUGUAUUCAACUUUUGGCAAAUGCAGGCUACAAUACAACGAAGUACGAACGUGUAUGGAAGAAAAGGCUGGGUGGUGGGUAAAUGUAAGGGGAUAGGUAUUUAGUCAAAGCAUUCGGAAAUCAGUUUUACAAAAUCAACAAGUUGAUUGAGAAUGUUUUGAGAAUUGUUGAUGAAGUUCGUCAAGACGAACAUAAUAAAUCUUAUAAUCCGAGAAAAUUAAGUCAGUCAACUUUUGGUUGAGGGAAGUUAAAGAUCUUGUCAGAUUGUCACCUGUCAAUUGUCAUAAACAGACUUGAGAAUGACCGAUACAUUUGAAUAUUUGAUGUAGUAUCUAUCGAAGAUUUGAUGCCUGUAUUUGCCAGAAGUUUUUCUAACAUAUCAUAAUAUUGUGUAGAUCUAGUUACAUAUCCAGUUAGACAUAAGAGAUUUCUACGUUGUUUUAACUUGCGUCAGAUUUAAGUAUAUAAUAUACAAUAUAAGAAUAUAUAAAUCUGUUAGUAUGUGUUUUAAGUAUAAAGCUUAAUAUCUGUUCUAAUAAGAUAAAUUAAUAAACUAUCAUCUUCA